AUGCUCCAGGAGAGCGGCCAGGUGGUGGCUCGCCACACCACCGAGUCAUUAGACCUGAGACCCAGAGAAGUUAGCUUCCGCUGCCUCCCAGACGCCCAGCACGAUUUGCCCGUAAAGCUAAGGAAUCGCUGGGUUGUCAUCGGGACUCCCACAUUUAAACAAAGAAAGGCAAUUCUUCAGGUGAUUACUUCUAAGAUGCCCAUCUCCAGUCAAGUCGAUUUGAGUCUCCUUGCAGAAAUGACAGUUGGCUAUGUUGGCGCAGACCUGACCGCACUCUGUAGGGAUGCUGCCCUACACGCUUUACAUCACAGUGAGAAGAACCAGGACAGUCCGAUGAUUGAUGAAACAGACUUCCUUGAAGCUUUUAAAAAGAUUCAACCUUCAUCAUUUCGAAGUGUCAUUGGACUGAUGGACAUCAAGCCUGUUAGCUGGGAAGAGAUUGGUGGCCUUGAAGAUGUAAAACUGAAGUUAAAACAGAGCAUCGAAUGGCCUCUGAAACACCCUCGUGAAUUUGUUAGGAUGGGCCUGACACAGCCCAAGGGAGUUCUCCUGUGCGGUCCCCCUGGGUGUGCUAAGACCACCCUCGUGAGGGCCCUGGCCACCAGCUGUCAUUGCUCCUUUGUUUCAGUGAGCGGAGCUGAUCUCUUUUCACCUUUCGUUGGAGAUUCAGAAAAACUCUUGUCUCAGGUAUUUCGACAAGCAAGAGCAAACACUCCAGCAAUUGUGUUUUUGGAUGAAAUUGAUUCAAUUUUGGGUUCUCGAUCAGUCAGCCAAACAGGAUGUAAUGUUCAAGAGAGUGUUCUUUCUGUUCUUCUGAAUGAAUUGGAUGGUGUUGGACUGAAAACUAUCGAGAGAAGAGGAAGUAAAUCAGAUCAACAGGGGAAAUACAAGGAGCUGAAAAAAAAUGAAGAGGUAGAGUUUGAAGAAGUUUUUAAUCGAAAUGUCAUGAUUGUUGCAGCAACAAAUAGACCUGAUGUGUUAGAUGAUGCCUUGUUACGGCCUGGAAGAAUAGAUAAGAUUAUUUAUAUUCCACCUCCAGAUGAAAAGGGCAGGCUUUCUAUUUUGAAAGUCUGUACAAAAAACAUGCCAGUGGGACCUGAUGUUUCUUUAGAAAAUUUAGCAGCAGAAACCUGUUUUUUCUCUGGAGCUGAUCUUAGAAACCUCUGCAAAGAAGCUGCCUUGCUGGCUCUGCAAGAAGAUGGACUAGAAGCAACCACAGUGAAACAGGAGCACUUUCUAAAAACCAUAAAACUUAUUUCAGAAACAAGGAUUUUCUAACUUAGAGGAUAUUUAAAAAUUACAUGCCUGCUCAAGUAUCAAUUAAAAUGUGAACUUGCACUAUAGUUUGCAAAUUCACUUUUAGGGUUUGUAUAUAUGGUAUUUCCUGUAAAUAAAAAAAUCGAACAAUCUUGUGCCUGAUAAGCCAAGAUUCAUCUUAGUUCUAAAAGGUAUAUUAAAAUACCAUAAUUU